AUGAAGGCAACAGUUGUGUUGGUCUUUGCUGCAGUUUUAGCUCAGUCCGCGAGUCUUGUUGAGAGGUAAGUCUAACCAUGUACUGUCUUCUUACUUCGGGCAAUUUUCCAGAUACCAUCGCUCGUGAAAAAAGAUUUCUCUCGCAAAUGCGCUAUCAGACGACGUGCAUGGAGAUCUUACGCGCUAUGCCUCCUUCAAAAUCGUCCGAGCGCUUUAAUAUUUUUCUAUGUCAACGUAACUUAAGAUUCAGUAUAAAGCCGUGAUAAUUUUAACCGCGGAGUGUAUGUACUAGGACCUCGAUGACAGUCCAUUAAAGAUAGAGAGUGAAAGUCUGUUAAAGAAAGAAGGUGGAUAAAUGGUAUACCUGUGUAACAUUUGAUUUAUUACAGUCUUAAAUUGUUUCCUAGACAGACCGGUCGCUUGAAAUGAAACUGCAUAGUAAAGAGUGACAUAUGCCUCAAUGAAAAAAUUGUAGCCCGAACGAUCAACCUUGAAGAAAGGUGAAGCUUUUCAGCUUUUCAGGAAGUCUGUUUUAGGAAUCACAAGAUCUUGAGAAAUUACUCACGUUCGUUCCAAAUCGUAUAAAAUCAAAUAUCACGCAAAUUAUCCUUUAAAUCAGACAAACAAUAGAAUACAGUUUAUGCAAAAAUAUGUACGGACACAUGUCCCCGGACAUUAUAUAUUCCGAAAAGCAAAACAGUUUUCCGAGAGCGAAGUGCGAAAAAAACCGUGACUCGGCAAAAUAUAUUUUUGUGGCGGGAAGUAAAUACGCACUCUUAACUCGCUUUCAAAACGUUAUCUACCCUGGUUCCGGGAUGUUCACUUUAAUAUGACGUUAUAAACAAACACGGCACCCUUGCCAGAGCAAGCUCGAUACAUGAUCUCCGUCUGCUACACAAAUUAUGCUAUGAUAUAGAAUUUAAUUUCUCCUGUAAUCUUGUUGGUGAGCUGAUGUCAUUGGUUACUUUUUUACCUGUUUGAAACCCCGUGCCUCUUCUCAAUUUAAGCACGAUUUUACGAACACUGUUUAUUGUUUUUUUAUAAAUAUGAAAAAUCUAAGGUAUAUUGUAAAACCUUUUAAAGUGUACAUUGGGUCACACAAGGGUUGAGUUAAAAGUCCACUGAACAGAGUUUUGGAACAUAGAGCGCUGGCUGAAUUGCCAUCAAUACAGGUUUCACCGUAUACCUCUUCUUCUGUAAGAACACCAAAACGCUUUUCAAUCUCCAAUCAAUUUUCAAACGAAUACCUUCGUUAUAAUGGAUGUAAGAAAUCGCUCGCGAGCAGAAUAUUUGACCUAUUCAAGGGGUCACGAAUUUGAUCAGCGAUAUUUGUAUCUACUAUUGUUCUGUUGAAACCAAAUCACAGCAGGCGUUGAUUCAAGUCACAGCAGGCGUUGAUUCAAGUCACAGCAGGCGUUUCAUCUUGCUGUGCAUUUUCAAGAUGAUUGGGGUGUUCUGUCGGAAACGUAUUUUCUCAUCACUUCAUAACCUCUUAAAUCAGCUAAUACCCGCACAUUUACGCGGUUUAGUCGAAGUUUAACCUCGUUUUCAGGCUGAGUCGAAAGUCCUCGCUCAAUGUCUUCGCUAUGUCUGAAAUAUACUCCAGCUUCAUCUGGUAUAAGUUUUCUCCCAAGAUUCAAAUAGGUCGGUUUAGUGCUCAAAAAGGGUACUGUUAUGUUUUGAACGAAUUAAACAAAUAUUUGAGAAACUUAAAAGAUGUACAACAACGAACUUAAAUGAGAAAAAAACGAAGCAUGUUGAAAGAGCCGAGUGACCUAUUUGUCGAAUGUAGCAAUGUAAGUUUACUUCCUUCGUCACGUUUUAUUCCUUCGUAAAGCCAUUAUUAAAAUGUAUCUCAUUUUCUUUGCUUCACGUAGAAAGAGAAGCAAAAGAAAUACUAGACAUUGGUGUGCAGGCAAUUUUUUAAAGUUCGGAUGUUUAUGAGUUUGUUCUAACUAUUGAUUUGCACGUGUGAAAAAUUUUGUCUCUGAAAUUUUGUCUUUUUUUGUGAUCGAGUUAUGAUUGUGGUCUUUGUGCGAAAGGCUGUGGUAUAAUAUUUUUAGCAAGACCUUGAAGUCUUGCAAAAUUACGCUUCCAUUGAACUUUAGUGCUCAAAUUGAUAACUUCUAAUUUCCAAGCUUCCUGUAUUAAGUUAAUUUUCUUAAAACCUUUUGAUUUUAAGUAUGAUUUGGUUAUCAACUUAUUUCCCAAAUUUUGACAAGAGAUUUUCCAAAGGAAGUUUAAAGUUCAGUUGAUUGUUUUAAAUAGAUUGAAUGGGAGACUGUGAAGACUCCAGUACAUGUAAUAUGUAAAAUAUUUUUACCUCAUUCCAGAGGUGGUAAAAUUAAAACCCUAAUUAGAUCUUUUGGAAAAUUGUUUUCUUAUGUAUAGCUGUGUUCUAUAUUGGCUCUCAGCUAACACAAGAAACUUGAUAGGUGAAGGUUUUCUUCUGAAAGGAAAAUAAUUGUAUACUAUGUUAGUGGUGGUCAGAGUAUUAACAACUUUUUCCAUAAGUGGCUACCAAUGCUGCAACAGUGUUUUGAGGUGACAACCAAACAUGAGAUCCUGCUCACAGACUUAACCCUUUAACUCCCAUGUGUGACUAGGACAUAAUUUCUCCUUACAAUAUCAGUACAAUACCCACCAGAUAAGUGAUGAGAAUAAAGAAAAAUGUAAAUUUUGGGAUAAUUAGUUGAUCCAAUACUAAAUUCUCUGAACUAACAUUACAAAAAUUGUAUGGUUGACAGUAUAGAGAAUGGCAAAUUUGAUGUGGAAGUUAAAGGGUUAACAGAUAGCACUAAGAUGUCUUGCAGAUGGAGGUAGACCACUGGUAACUGGCUUUCAUUGAAACCCCUGGAUAAUAGUGCAUAAUGGUGGACUUGAUCCUUGCAAUCCAUCCCCUUAAAAAUAUUAAAAAGAAAAAACAUUCAAACAACAUACAAAUAAAAAUAGUGAGGACAAAUUUCCAUGGACCUUACCACUUUAUAAGUCUCUAACAUCCUACAAUGCAGAUGCAGAACAUAUUGAGCUCCCCAAUCUUCCCUUAUUAACAGUUGUUGGUUUUUACAGUUUUGUUUUCAUUCUUCUCUUUCUUUGCAGUGGCUACCUUAUAACAUGCCCAAGACUGUUCCGUGCUGGCAGCACCCAAGAAUUAUCUGUCAGUCUCAUUGAUGUCAAUGAAACAUGGUUCAUCAGUGCUUCAUUGACCUACAGGUCGGGACCUGGUGAAGCAAUAGCUAGUGAUAGAGCACAGUUCACUAGUGACUCAGAAGGAACCCUUAAACUCAAUGUAAGUGUAUCAAAGGUCCAAGAUAUGAAAAAAGAGCAAUUUUUUUCUUAAAUCAGAAUAACUCUACUAAUCUUCUCUUUUUAUAACCUUUUUGAAGGCAGAGCAUAUCUUUACAUUACUCUUUGAACUUUGGUGGAAAAAAAUUAUCCAAAUUUACUCUUAACCAGGUUAAGCAAUUUGUUUGGGAUUGUGGAAAAUUUUAAUAUAUAUUUAGGAGACUAAUAUAGUACUGCUCAUAUGUAAUGCAGCACCCCACACACACAUUAAGGGCAUGUAAUUGGUGUUAGUUACAAAGGGUUUAGUAACACUCAUGCAAUAAAAAAUUUCCAUGUGUGCAAUGGUGUACUUGCAAAUUCAUAAUAUUAAUUAAUUAAUAUUUUGUCAUUUACUGCUCACAUCUAUGUGUACUCCUUCAUAUAAGUGCUAUGUUGUGGAAAUUUGUAUAUCACUUAAGGUUAUGACUCUUAAAUGCCUUCCUGCAACAGAAAAAAUGCAAAGUUGUUGAUUCAAACAUUAUUGGCAUAGGUGUGUGUACCUUACAUUGCAUAUUAUUUGUUUUAUUCAAGAUACCACGAAAUUUGAGAACCAACAAGAGGGACAGCAUUCGAGCAAAGCUGAAUGUCUUUGGAGGACCAGUUCAUGGAGGGCUCGUCAUUCAGAACAGUGAAAUAAUAACCAUUAAAAUUCCAAAGAUUUCUGUCUUCAUUCAAACAGACAAGCCAAUCUACAAACCAGGCCAGACAGGUAAUUUCACUAAAUCUCUAUAAAGAGAUUGACCCGUGCAUAGCGAAAUUUUGAGAAAGAGGCAUAAUCUUCACCCGGAAGGGCAUUAACCCCUUAAACCUGCAGAAGUGAUUAAGAAGCGUCUUCCCUUCAUUACUCAUAUAUGUUAUCCUGCAAACAGGUAAAGAGAAUAGACAAGCUUAUGUGUGCAGUUUCAUCAAUGAAGUUUUAUUUAACUCUUUAAACCCUAAGAGUGCAUAGCAUCUAAUUUCUCCCUUCAAACAAAACCUUCUUUUCAGCACUUAGGAAAUAUGUAAAGAACACUGUAGAGAAUAUGUAAACUGAUGUUCAGGUGUAAAGGGUUAAUUUUUCUUUCUUUUAGUGAGCAUGCGUAUUAUUAGUGUGGAUGAAAACCUCAAGCCCUUAACAGGACAGGUAAACUCUGACAAAUACAAAUUUUUGUUGACUUUUUAGGCAAAUCAUGCAGCAAAAUGCUAUUGUAGCAGAACGCUUCUUUUGAGUAGUUGACUUAUUACACAGCAGUAUAUUAAAAUAUAUGUCUCUUGCAUUUUAGAAUCAUUAAUAAUUACACCUCUUGUGAUGUUUCUUCACAGGUCAAAAGAGUUUCCAUUACUGUAAGUAGAACUGUUUUGUUUUCAAUAGCUAUUUUCUUUAGAGGGAAAGAUUCCAUUACCUAAAGGUCUUUGGAUGUAGCAUCUUUUUUUUAAACUAAUGAACAGGAGGUGCUGUAAACACAGGUGUAUUAGUGGUGUCUUUUUCCCAAAAUUUUUUGCAGCAGUUCAGGGGUGUAGUUUAUCUGCAAGAGCAUCUGAAAAAUGUGCCGUAACUUUGCAUAAAUUAACACUGAUCAUUAAAAUUUACAAGUCUGUAGAGUAAAGUAACAUGAACUUCGUAAAGAUAUUUGCAUGGAUAGAAAUUGAUCAUUGUUCUUGCAAGUUUGGUGGCUCCUAAACAAAGAUGAUUCAAUUUAUAAGUGUAAACUUAUAAAUAAAAACAGCUGUCCUGCAGUUGAGUGGCAAUAAACCCUCAUCUUCAAGAGACCUUUUAACCAGUUAAAGGUUGCCUAAACUUCCUUGAGUAGCUAAACAUUACUGAACAAGGAACAUUGUCAUGCACUGUGAUGCAAAUUAACUCUUCAAAAGCUACCUGUGCCCAGUACCUUUUCUACUGAUCAACUACCUGUCUGCUACAUUACAAAUCACCUUUUGCUCAAAGUAAUAAUUCCUAUUUGUUUUUUGUGUAAAACCUCUCUGAAAAUCUGUCAGGAAUGAAAAAAUAAUGGUCGAACAAUACCAGAGUAAGAUCAAAUAUAAGUCUAAGGCACUCAACUCUCUAUGGCACUCAACUGCUGGGUAUUGAUUAUUUCUUGUAGAGUCCUGGUAAAGUACGUACAAUGCAAUGGGACAAUGUGGAUUUCAUUGGUGGUGAGUCAUUAAUGAAGUGCUCUUUUUGUCUUUUAUACAGAAUAAUCCCAAAGUUCUAUUUAUUAUCCAAACAUACUUACAGAGCAUAGAUACAUGGCAUAUCCUUGUCACUCAUGUAGGCUUUUUGUUCACACAUCAAUUGCUUCAGAUAGGACCUCAGUUUCCUUUAAUUCUAACCCAAAAAAAGAAAAAUAAUGAUGCAAUACUCUGUUUUGAUUUUUAUUCAUACUUUAGGAAUUGUUAGUUUAAAGUUUCCUUUAUCAAGCCAGCCUCUUCUGGGCGACUGGAAGAUUGAAGCAGAAGUUAAGGUAUUUUCAGAACCCACAUGGGUCUGCAAAAAAUUUGUAAAGUUAUUGAAUUUUCAUGAUCUCAUUUUCCAGACAUGGAAAGUCAUCUAAUUUGUAUUGAAUUUUUGUGAGAUCAGUAAAGAAAGAAAUACCGUGAUUUAAUUGUCAGUUUACCUAUUAUAGGUCUUGGAAAAAUUCUAUUGUAGGUCAUGAAAAUAAUAGUUAUGUCCCAGAAAAUAUUGAAAAACAAAAAUGUUCAACUGUUACUUGUCCAUGCAUGACUUUCCCUUUCAAUGCUUAGUAAAGCAAAACAAAACAAAACGGUAAAAAAUGAGAACAAAAACACUGGGUUAUAUCCCAAUUGUUUAGUGGCCAAAGAUUGGACCUAUAAAGGGUUUACUCAAGAUAAUUUGUGAUGGGGUGCUGAGAACUACAUGUUUUCAAUUAAGUUUAAGGAAAGGGACCAGUGAGGUUUUUUCUAAGUACAUGCACUGAACAGUAAAUGGCUUAUUUUUCUUUGCUUGUGCCUCGUGGUCUGCGAAACACAGCUGUAGUAAAUUUAAAGUGAUUUGUCCUGGCUGACCAGUUAUAGAGCUUUUUCUACCUAGAGUCUGUCUAUUUGAAACUAAUAGUAAUUCAAACUUUUUAACAAUUUCUUCCUUCCAUUUAAGGGUGAAAAAGGAAAACUUGUCUUUUCAGUGGAUAAGUAUGGUAUGUCUUCUCAUGAACAAAUAUCUUAAUGAGAUUGUACUGUCUAAUUUUGUAAUGUGAAUGCUAAGUUCUGAUUGGCUAACCUACAUGUAUGCCAUCUUUCAGUUCACGCACAGAACAUAAAUUAAAAACCAUAGUUUUGUAAGCAUUUCACCCAUGGUUUGUUUUACACAAAACAUUAGUGUCUGUAUGAAAGACAAUGAUAUCAAUAUUAUAAACUUCGAUACCUUAAAGAUUCUAUUUGGCACCUGGGGUCCUUGAUAUUUACUUUUGGUACCUCAAGGAAGGGAGCCUAUUUGAACCAGAGUGUUAAUUGGGGGCAGGGUGCAUAUUUCUUUCUUUUUUUUUUUUGUUUCUUUUAAAAGGAUCAAAAUGACCUGAAAACAGACUUGUUUUCCAUGGAUCCUUCCUUGCUAGAACAAUCAGCCAAGUAAUCACCACAAAACAAGAUCAUUUGUAUAAAGGAACUGUGCAUAAACUGCUAUUUUGAAUGAGAAAUUAAUGGAAGAUGAAGCACGGUUGAUCUCAAUGUACAUGUACCCUAGCUUAUUGGAAGGAGGGUGCUAAAUGGAAUCCUUACGGUACUUUUUAGGUUGCAGGUUGAUAUGCCAAACAUAAAUGUUUGCACUGCUGUCUGUUGUAUCUGUUUUAUGAAGCUAUUAUACGGACAACCCCCUUCUUACUCAGUGUGGGAUGCAAACAACUAUGUUGUUCAACUUGUAACGUGUUGUAACUUUUUUUAACUUACAGUGCUGCCAAAGUUUGAAGUGACCAUUAAGCCUCCAUCAUUUGUAGCAGUGAAAAGCAAAGAUAUUAAAGCCACGGUUUGUGCCCAGUAAGUCAGACAUCUUGUCUUGUUUUGAGAGCAUUCUUGAAAUUUUUGUUAUAAACAAUGCAUAUUUCUGUUUAUAAUAAAGUUCAGAUAUAAUGCAUGCUGUCAUUGGUUGAAAGCAUGUGCUCUAUCAGACUAUAGAACAUAGAGCAAGAGCUGAACUAAAGCUGUCACACCAUCUGCCAAAUUGUACUAUGUCCGACCACCUCCUGGACUUCUCUUUCUUUUUUUUUGUUAAUUGAAAGUGAAAUUUUGGAACAGGAGAGUGAAACAAAGGCUUGCAAACAUGCCAGGCACUGUAAUUUACAUUAUUUUAAUGUGAGCAGAGACCCGCACAGUUAGCUGGAUUGCAAGCUUACGUACAGUAAUGAAAAUCAAAUACAGCUAAUACUCAUAUAGUAUACAUAGUUUCAUGUUCAAAAAGAAAACCAAACAAACAGGAAUAAUAAAAAAUAAAAACUGGUAUAACUGUUAAAAUUCACACUAAUCAUGAUGGUGUCCAAGUGACUGCAAUCAUGCUGAAGUCCAUCUUGGCUGGCUCAUCAUGGCUCAAGAAUUGGGGAGAGACACGCAUGAGACUAUGUCUUGUGUUUCUCCCUACACUUCUUGAGUGCUCUAGCCACUUCCUGCCUGCUUUACAACAAAACAGAGCACAGUCAAGGCUUCUCUAUUUGUUAAGUAUAAUGCAGUUUUUUGAGAAGUGUUUCAGUUAAGUGAAAGGAUCUGUGGUUAAAAUUUCAGCAGACUUCUAGCCUUCUGUUUUUCUCUGAAUAAUGAGCAAAAGCUUUGGAUGAAAGAUACUGGAAUAAAAGAAGGGUAAGACAGGGUGUGUUGCAGGUAAAAUGGAAACCAGACAUCACUCACCCUAUUGCUGCACAGACAGGUUCUUAGAUAUUGUAAUAAGUCAGUUUACAGAUUCCAGACUCAUGUUAUUAAUGAUUCCAUAGAUACACCUAUGGAAAGCCAGUGAAAGGAACUGUUUCAGUGCUCUUUCAAAUGAAAUUGCCUGACUGGUACUGGAGAGGGAAGUCUUUGGAAACACAAAUAACAACAGAAAAAGAGGUAACAAUUUAUAGAAAGGCUUGGAGUGAAAUCAUUCCAUUGAUGUUUUAGUCAAUUCAAAGUAGCUGCAAAGUUGCGAAGAUUUUGCACAUAGCUUUUGCUUUAGAGGAAAAACAUGUUCUGGAACCUUUUUGUUGACUUGCUUUGAUGAAAAGCUUGGAGAAAAACAUUCCAUUGAUGUUUUAGUCAUUUUGAAAGAGCUGCAAAGUUGUUGAAUUUUUCCAUGUGACUUUUGUUUUAGAUGACAAAGAUAUAAUGAAAUUUCUUUGGUGACCUGCUCCAAGACAAGUUUUCAUCCUGUUUCAAAGAGCUUUUUUAAUUGAAAAUGUUGUACCUGUCUAUUGCUAUUGUUUCACAAACUUGUUUAAUUAAACAUUUAGGUGUCAGGGAUCUAAAUUUAUUUUUUUCUAACUAACUAUUAGUUACAUGUAAAAUUGGCAUUGUUGUCUUUUUCAGAUUAACGGCUGCACGGAUGUGACUAUCAAGACAGAGGAUGUGUUGAAAAAAUUUACGCAGUACAACAGUUACUAUUGCUAUGGUUGUGAACAUUCAAAGAUUGCCAUCAAUGCCACUGUAAAGGAAACAGCAACAGGAAUCUCUCAAAAUGCUACGGGAACAGAAAGUCAGAUCGUCAGAGGAACAGCAAAACUGAAGUUUCUUCCAAGUACACCAAAAGAAUUUAAGCCAGGCAUGGCUUAUAGUGGGCAGGUUUGUAUUACUUCUACUAAUACAACAAACAAGAAGAAAACAGUAAAUUUUGAUCUCAGUUGUCACACAGAAGAAUGUAUAAUUAAACUUGUCUGUGUUGCCAAAAUGCCUGUUACUAUGAAGUGAAUUACCACUUAAAAUGUUCAGUGGUAUGUAUCCUUAAUGCAGUAAAGGUUUUCAAAGAUCUUCUACCAAGUGUUUGAAGUUACAGGCAAUGACCUUUAAUGCUUAGGAUAAAAACUGAAACAAGCUUCUCAAACCUCAGCCAGCUGAGCAUUAUCAUAAGAAAAGCUUCCAUUAAUUUGGCGAGCAAUUACGAGUAAAAAGUAAGAGUCUGUUGUUUUUUCUUACAAUUAUUUCUAAUACUUAAGUCCUAUUAAGUUUGUAUUAAAUAGAGCAGUUGAUUCCUUCUUACUUCAACCCUUGAUGACUUAAAACUUGCACUUACUCGAACUAAACUUAUUCCCACCUUAAUUUUAACCUAACAGUAGUCAUUUCUUUUGAUUACGUGAACAAUAUAUAUAGAAUAAUACAUGGCGCGCGUAGAUAUGGAAUUCCUCUUCGAGUGUUUAUUAUAUAAACACAAUAGCCCUUCACUGACAAGAAAAGUCAACGUUAUUAAUGAAUAAAAAUGAAAGGAUUGAGAAAAUUGUUACAAACAACCACAGAUUGAGAAUGAUAAAGGCUUUGCUGUUCAUUCAUCAACCUGACUGAGUGGCGUGAAAGGCGAGUGAAGUGUCAGCAGCUGAUUAGUGAUAUCAAACACACGUGGAAAGAUAUUGUGUUUUUUCACAUGCAUUGUUAUGGCUUUUCUCAGGGCUGGAAAUCCUUGUAUAACACCGUAGUUUAGUAUUGCAGUCAGACCCUCUGCUUUGUUUUAAGUCUCAUUAAUUCAUUUUCUUUACCUAAAGUGUAUAAUUAAUUGAAUUAAUCUGUUUACUGGUAAAUACAUUUUUUAAACAGAAAGGAAACAUGUAUAGGGAAUAUGAUGUGUUCCCCCUCAUUUCACAUCAUGUUGUUCAAUUCUUUUCAUCCUUUGAUAACUUCGACUCUUAUCAAAGAAAUCAUGAUUUCUCAUGACAGUUCAAAGUAUUAUGAGUCAACUGAAUUGGAUACUUGUAUCUUUUGAAUUUCAUUUCUCUUUUAUUUUUACCUUUUCUUAUACAGGUAAAAGCCACCAAGCCUGAUGGAAGUCCAAUGAAAGGGGCACAAAUUAAGAUUGUUAUACGUGGAAGAGGGCGGAGAUUGCUUGAUAAAUAUUUCAUUGUACCAGAAAGUGGACUUGUUGAGUUUUCGAUUAAUGGUUCAACAAUUCCCUCUAAUGCCAAAUCACUUAACCUUCAGGUUAGUAAGUCGUGAGAGACUUAAACCUUUUAUUCAUGUUCUCAUCCUGUGACAGGAUGUUUGUAAAACAUAACAAAGUCCAAGUUUGUUUAUGUGCUGGUAAUCAGGUGGAUCAGUGUGUAGUGUACCAGGGCUUGUUCCUUGCAUGCAUUGAGAUUGACAUAUAUCAACAGCUUUGAAAUUUAAUCAUUAAACUUAAGAUAUCAGCAGAUGAAACAGAUUGUAAGUUUUUUUUAAGUAAGCAAGACUCCUGCUAUUUAGAUUAACAUUUAAGUUAUGUUAUGAGAAAAGUUUAAAUGUUGAUUCGUCUUAAAUAGUUUGCUGUUUUUCUUAAAUACUCCUAAGGCCAAGCACCAAUGGCAGACAUUAGCAUAUUAUAACGCUAAGCGUUGGUAUUCCCCAAGUAACAGCUACAUAUCAAUGAAAAGAAUUCCAUCUCCACUGAAGGUUGGUUUUGCAUGUUCUUUUUUUAAGUUGUAAAUUAAAGAAAGCAAACUCGUGAGCAUCAGACUAUCUCUUAGUGGGAUUGUCUGGGUUAGUGAAAUAAGGACUGGUGUUAUUAAUAACAACAGACCAUUUCACAACAUGAGCAGAAGUUGCCAGAGUGGAGAGGGGUUGUUUGACUGUCAAAUAUUGUAAGUCAGAUUUAUAAAGAAUUGUUUCUCAGUAUUGAAAGGUCUUUUUUUUUCUCUUAAUUUUAAGGCUCAAGUAGCAUACAUGUAUGUAUGUUGUGAGGAGCCAGUGUUGAUCCCCAGACCAUCUAUGGUUGUAUUUGUUCAGUUUGUUAGGUGUGUGAUUAUCAUGAUGAACAAGUUGUUCACAUGGUCCUAGUUGUUGAAUAUAUUAUUACCUCAGUGGUAUGACACAAGUCACACAUGUCACACUGCAACCUCAUUGAAUUUACAAUGGUUUAACAGUUCAUUUACAUUAUUGUCAGUAAUACUCCGUGUUGAGUUUAACCCUGUAACUCCCAUGAGUGACUAAGACAGAAUUUCUCCCUACUAUAUACAUGCAAUAUCACGCAGACAAGUGAUGAGAAUAAAGAAAAAUAUCAUUUAUGGGACUACUAUUUAAUCUGAUACCGAAUUCUCCAAACUAACUCAAUGAGAAUCAUUUGGCAGUCAGUAAGGGGAAGUAAUGAAAUCUUGGGAGUUAAGGGGUUAAACACAAUUUAUUUAAGGCCAUUACAAGUCAAACUCACGAUACAAACCAACUCAAAUAAGGUAGUACAGGUCAUAGUUAUAUUAUGUGUGCAUGCUAGGGACACAUUUGAUGAGUCGUGACAUUACAAUAACUCUCCUGCCUUUACACAUUAGUAAUAAUUAUCACGUUUAUAUCACGCUGUAAUAAAAGUCAUUGCUUUUUAAAACAGGUUGGAUCAACUGCAAAAGUUAAGUUUGACUUCACCACCAUAGCUGAUGCAAAGAACAUUACUUUCUAUUACCAAGUGAGUGUUUUUCAACUUAGCUAGACCACCAUUAGGGUGAUGAACUCUAGAUUAGCAAGGGAUACCUUGAGAGCUAAGUACAUCAUAUUGGGUUGUCUCGGGGCACAACACAAUGAUCCUUCCAAGGCUCCAAUUGGCCCUCUUGACUGUGAGUUUAGCAUUCCAACCAAAAUACUUCCAAUGUCUUUUCCACAAUGAGCAGUAUACUUUAUGAAAAAUUGGAAGAAAUAACAGUCAAUGUGUAUGUUGUUUUGCUGCUAAAAACCAUUUUGGGAUGAAUUUAAACCAAUACAGUUGCAUGCUGUUGCAACUAUCAAACAAUGAUAGACCAUUUCCAAGUUUCAUAAGCCCUCACUUUCAAAACCAGGCCAAGUGCAAACUUUUGACGUGAGAACAAGUUUUAUUUGCGCGAUAAGAAUGUAGAUAGAUUUCUAUCUAAGCCUGUGCAUUUACCGUUAUUUUUAAAGCAAAGAAAUUAGACAUCUCAGAAAUGCCUUGUUACUGAAAAAAUCUUUUGUUUGUAAAGAGAUCUAGUACAGGUAAUGGUGGCAAACAAGAAACUUCACUAAAAACUUCCCAAGUGAAGUAGUGGUUGACUCAAACUGCCUACUUUAAGACCUUUUAAGGAUCGUUGGGUUAAAAAUGUUUUGCUUUCUAAUCUUCAGAUAUUCAGCCGUGGAGUUCUCGUAGCUCAAGGAAGGAAUCUCCAUGAAAUGAAGAAUUCUAAAGGGAAAGGGAUGUUUACUACCAGUGGAUUUGUUCAGUUUGCUGUUACUCAGAGGAUGGUACCGUCAUCCCGUCUGUUAUUGUUCUAUGUGCGCGAUGACUUGGAAACUGUUGCAGAUAAUUUGCAGAUUGAUGUGGAAGACAAAUUGGAAAAUGAGGUAAUCCGGCAUUUGAGAAGUGAUUCUCAAUAACUUCAUUAUACCGCUAUUAAAUAAAAAGAACACAUUUUCCAGAAGAUCAAAACAAAUUUUAAACUCACGAUAAUGCUUUCUAAAAACAUGUCUUGGUAUGACUCUUGUCAUCAUUAAUUUAUUGUGGUGUAUCCGUUUGCUUUGCUUUUACUUGUUAAAUUUACUGUCGGUCUAAAAUUUCAAAAUUUUAUCGUUUUUCUCUUCAUUUAGAGAAAGAAGUUAAGUCUAAUUUGCGGUAAAAGUAACUGUAAAAUAAAAAAAAGAACGGGAGAUACGGCUGAAAAAAUGUUUUAAGGGGAACCUGUUCUAAAGAGAAAAAGUUGUCAUAAUAGGAAAGGCCUCCAACAGAGUGUUGACGUUUUCCGCGGGCUUUUUGUCUGGAUCUCGAUUUGCAUAUUGUGUUUACAUCGCAUCUUGCACUGCAUAAACAAAAGGGAAUGUCUGGCACAUUUCGCAAAACGCUGAGAAGUAAGAGUCUUCAUCAAAUGGCCAAAGAGAGGACGAAAUCGAAGUUAGAGUUUCUUUUAUCUUAGCUUGAAAUCCCAAUUGCCCACUGACAAUAUAGGAGUAUCGUAAAUGCCUCACACUCUUUGUUGGCCUAUUAUCUGCUGAGUGACACUGUCCAGUUUGUUUCGAGGUCUGCGGUAAGACAGAGGCUGGUAAUUCAGUAAAGCAAACACCGUCAGCUCACGCGUGCAAAGCAAAAACUGUGAAAAUAUUUUGUAGUUUCGUCAUCUAUACGUUAUAAGUUUUACUGUGAUUUGACGUUUUCUAUGGUUUCUUUGUUGGAAGUAACCUUAAAUGAAAUUAUAUAUUGAUUUAAGUCAUGUGACAAUAUCUGAAAUCACAGUUACUGUAUCAUUACAAGUUUAACUAAUCGUGUCACACACAAGUGUAACAUUUGGAGAAUUAAUCUAUGUAAAUAAAUAAUUACAGAAUGAUGUUUUACAUCUGAGCAUUCAAUUCAGGUUGCGAGUGGCCAAUGUAUAAUGCCUCCUUUAAUUUAAGACAUUAUGGAGAAAACAUGUUUGAGAAGAGACAAGUGAUAACUGUUUUGAUAAGAAAGCAACAACAUGGUUUACAUCAAGAGUGUUUGUCUGACAUGCAGGUAAAGAUUCGUUUUAGUGAUAGCAUCAGAAAACCAGGGGAAGCUACCAGUUUGAUCAUAACAGCUGAGCCGGGAUCUCAAGUAGCUGUGACCGCUGUCGACAAAAGUGUUCAUCUCUUGAAAGGAGGAAAUGAGCUCUCUCAGGAUGAUGUAAGAUUAUUACUAUUAUUACUACUUUUUUGCUAGUGUUUCCUCAAACUCUGUUUACCAGGGUACAUCCAUUAAGGUGUUAAUUCCUUAAAAAUGUACAUACAUUCUGCUUAUGAGUUUUCGAGACCUAGGAAAAGUUUGUAGUCAGAAAUGAAUCUUUAAACACUUUAACUGGCUCAAGAUUUUUUUCAGGCGGCAGCAAGUGCUUAAUUACUAUAUGUAAUGUUUGUAAGAAGCAACCCUACAGCAAAAAUCCAUAAAAGUCACUUUGGUCAAUAUAUCAGUAUCAUUUAUUGUUAUCAUACGAUGCUUUGGGGUUACUUUGAGUUUCUCAUGGCUUUUGGUUUUUUUUUAGCUCAUACUAAGACCAUGCAAUUGCAACCAUAACCUCAAAUUUGGUAAAUUAAAAUAUCAAUUUUGAAAAGGCUUGCAAAACCAUUUGCGAGAAUAUGCAUGGACUCUAUACUAACAAGAAAGAUAGUAAUGAUUGACCCAUUUUGUGAUGUAAUUAAAGGCAUCUUAAAACAUUACCUUAUCAGGCAAUCCAAGUACUCAGUUCUCAGGAUGUUGGGCCCUCUGGAGGUAGUGAUUAUUCUGGUUGCUAUAAUCCACAUUGGUGGGGAGGCCCAUGGCAGCGACGCAGAUCAUAUUUCCCUGGAUACUCAAAAGAUUUGGAUGCUUCAAGUGCUUUUGAGGUUAGUUAUCACAUCUUGGAACAAAUCUCUACAAAAUUGACACUAAACAUUUAUUUAAAUGGAGUUUGUUGGUGAAGAGAAAGAUGGUUGUUUCACUGAUUUUUUUUACAUAAUGAAUUGAAGUUCAACAAUUAUUCCUUCUUACCUUGCAGAAUAGUGGAAUCUUAUACUUCUCUGAUCUGACGAUUAAAACUGCCAAAUGCGAGACGCCUUUUCAUCAUUGUAAGUUUUCUUUUCUUUUCUCGUUGUUGUCAUUGAGGAUUUUAAGGUCUAGUACUUGUCAGUGUAGCAGAUGCUAUGACAUCUGGACAAUGGAAUCUUUGAGUUCAGUGGAAUCCUGCCUAAUGACCAUCUUGUUACUACCACUUAUUCAUUAUUCCUACCAUUUAACUGUCAUCCUAGCAGAAUUUGCAAGUUCAUUGCUUCUGUUUCAUUAUCUGGGAUCAUUAAUUAAAUGGGACAGGAGGAGGGUGAGACGGGAAUACAUGGGCCAAGGAGAAUGGAGGGGUUUAAGGGUUAAGGGACACAGGACAGGAAAAGGAAGCUAAAGGGAAAUGCAGAAAUUCAGAAUUGGAAAUAUUCGACAUAUUGCAGUGGUUUGUUAUAUAUGGGGGAAACAGGUGUUUUUCCUAACUUGCUAACAGUGCAGUUAAACGUCACUUGCUGACUUUGUCGUUAACUUCAUCUUAAUUUUGUGUGCUUAGGCUGCCAGUGAUAAUAAUUGUGAUUCUCACGUGUGCUUUUAAAGAAGUUUUAGCUCAAUAUUUGCUUUAAUCUCUCUCCUCUUUCACUGUUUAAUACUUUUCCCUAUAUUUUUUUACCAAGAUUUCCUUGUAAUCCCUUAAAUUACACACAACAGUUAUACAUACAUUACCUAAGUAUUGUUGCACAAAAUUCCAUGCCAUACGCGAAAUUGAAGAUAUCCAAAUAAUUCUGACACUAGUGAUGAUCAAGUUAGAAAAAAAGUACCAUUUAGCGGUUAUUCAACACGCUGUAAAAAUGUGAGUUGAUAUUUUGAUAAAUGCUAAUCAUCCCUGCAAAUGUCAACGUUUGCCCACAAGCUUUAGUUUUCACAUGUAUUGGUAAGCUGCUAUAUGAUUACAUAGUUUGACCGACAUGUUAUACAGUAUCUAGAUAGGACACAUCUUUAUCACAGAGCUCAUUUGGUCAAGUUGCACUUCCACUAUUACGUUGUAAGAACAUAUUAGGGUUGGAGAUCAUACUAAAUAUGAGCCAUUAUUACACUGUACAUCAGGGCAAAAAAGUGGAUGGAUAGUGGAGCAACUAGGUGGUAGCACUACACGAUCAGACUUAAAUUGGAGUAUAUCCUCUAAGCUUGCCUUUUUAAGUGACAAACUUGGAAGUGAAUCAGAUUUUGUUGUUGUCAUAAAGGGAACUCAACCUUAUAACUCCUACAAGUGACCAAGACGAAUUGAGUUUGUAAGAUACAUGGAAAAGACUCGAUCCUUCCUAAGGAAGUGCAUCUGACGCGAACUUUCAUUUUUGUACAAGCAUAUUUAAUGAUGACAGUAUUUAAUACAUGCAUGUACACAUGCGAUAUUAACAUUUCAACAAUCAAGGUACAUUUAAUAACUGAGUUUGUGAGAUACAUGGAAAAGACAUCCAUCCAUCUUAGAGGUGCAUCAGAUCUGUGUCUACCCAUGUUCCUGUUUUGUGAUAGUUACACUCGUGAUAACCAUUUCUGAGACAUGUUGACAACCACUGACACUAAAUUGAUGUACUGAUUUUGAUAUCUCUCUUAUGACGCACUAUAAUUUAGUUCACCACGUAACAGUUUGUUUUCACUGUAAUUAUGAAAAAAAGGAGUGACUCAUGUUUAGGCACUACGUUUAAAGAAUGCAUCGAGUGAAGCUCUAAAGAAGAAAUUCCUUUCCCUAGAUUAGGUGAACAUUAUUUUCCGAGACUGUAUGGAGAGACAUGGUAUGCACAGUAUGCCUCUCUACCUUUGGUGUAUAGUGGAUACCAGCAAAUUGUCAGGGAAACCUGAUGAAAUACUGGGGGAACUCGCAUAAUUCUCCUCAAGAGAGAGCUGAGUUGUCACCCAUGGCUAUUGCUGCUACUGACACUCCCAUACUGAAGAAAGGAAAACAAAAAAAAAAACAAAGUCUGUCAAAGUCCGUAAAGAAUUUCCAGAGACUUGGCUCUGGACUGAGGAACUUAUCAAGUAAGACUUCACGACCUGUCCUUGUGUUACUUGUAUCAUGGAUCUGAAGGACUGCUAGAAGUGUGCUAAUCUGUGUUUUAUUCAAGCACACAUCCGCCUUUUGAUGUAAAAAUUUGUUUAAAUAUGUCACUAAAUUGUCAUAACAGGCUGAACACAACAUAUCAAAUGAGAGCAAAUUGAUAUGUUUUGUGCAUUUUUCACGAGAACAGCUUUGUAUCCAAGCCUCUCUUUUUUUUUUACCUAAAACGGACAGGAACUGACUAAGGCCUGCACAUGUAGCACUUGCUGGUUUCUUCUAAUUACUAGCAAACACUUUUGCAAGUGACAUUGUUCAAAUUCUGACAGCAUCAGUUAUUUUCGGGACUACUUGCAAUUCUCUAGCUAAGAUUUAAUUUCAAUUUUGGUGGGCUCAAGGCAAGAGCAAUUACCUGUUCAUGCUACGCACUUUGCAUCCAAUGUUUGAUUCCUUUUUAGACAAAUUAGUUUUCAAUUACUUUCAGAGCUACCUGGUGUUGGAAAAAUGUGUAGGUUUAAAAAAUGAUGCACGUUCAGUUCAAUUUUGAUUGUAAGGGAAGUUUACAGGGUUACUUCAAAACGUAUUCGUUUUGAAUCGAGCCUGCACAGAGCGCUCUUUUUUUAAGAGUUAUCCUCAAUAUAUAAACAAAGGAAAAGGGUUACAAAUAUAUCAAGAGGUGAACACAAGUACCAAACUGGCUCCCUCAAAGGACAGUGAAGUGCUUUUAUGAAUUCAAUCAAGAUCCACGUGGCUUUUUCAAGAGAGAGAGCAAUGCAAGAAAUAACCAUGUGUGUACAGGGGUUUGGCAUUUGCUAGGCCACAGCUCCUUUGCUGAAGAGGAAGAUUUUUUUUACCCAAGAAGAAGUACAUUUUUACCCCAUCAAGGAAGAAGCAGAUCGUCAAAGAUAGAGGACACUAGUCCAUAACUUCAUUGUCCAGUCCUUUGUUUUUGUUUUUUGGUUUUUUGUUUUAAUUCUUUGCACACUCAACGUACUCCUUAAAAGGAAAAUAGACUCCCAUCAAAGAUGGAUAGAGAAGUGACUUUGUAGAGUGGAUUUUACGCAAUUGAAUUUAGAGCACAUGUUUCUGAUAUGCUAUUCAGUUCUAAGAUCUAGAUAGCAUUGAAAUCAACUUUACUAUGAGGAAGGCUGUGCUUUGCACUUUGCACUGAGAAUCAAUGAAGGCACACAUGGUUAAAUAAUGCUGUUUUAUUUGUUGUACAACCCAAUCAAUCAUUCAGCCUAAACAAUGUACCAAACUCUUUGAUAGUCCUCUUUUGAUGAUUAUAUUCAUCUUUUUAUUUUCGUUAUCACUCAGUCCUCAUACAGUACAGUCAAAUCUGUAUUAAGGGUUCACCCAUGGGGAAUGGCAGGGUGACCGUUUAACCCUUUACACCUCAACAUCAGUAUGCAAACUCUCCAUACUAAUCUAUGAUUCGGGGAUGAUAUUGUAAGGAGAAGUUAGGUGCUAAUCACUCUCAGGGGUUAAAGGGUUAACACAGGUUAACUGCUUAAAUCAGGUUCUACAGAAUAGGGGUAUUGUAAAAAAAUGGUGAAAAGCGCCAUUUUAUGCCAUAGUUGAUCACUCAAUGUAUAAAAACUCGCUCAAAAACAGCUGAUACGAGUGGCAUUGGUUUCAGGAUUUAAACGUGGAUUUAGGAUACUGAAAAGUUUGUUAGUUUUAUUUGAUUGGUUCCACCUCAAGUGACUGUCCAAUGCAGGUGGAAGAUAACAGGAACAUGCCGUUGGGACUAGGCGAAGGGUGAACUCAACGGCUUAAUAGAGGUGACUUCGUAAUAGUGGUGAAAAUUACAGUGUUUUGGGGUAAAUAACCACGGGAGUUUGACAAGUGACUGCUAAGUACAGGGUGGCCUCUUUUUACAGUACUGCUUACUACGCGUUCAACUGUAGUUUUCACUCUUCUUUCUUACAUAAGCUUGAGAGAGCUUUCUGGAGAGUUAGACCUGUACAGGUUCAUCUGUGAUAUGUAUCCUGCAAUACUCAAUUUUUCCUCUCACUUUUCCUAAUUCCACCACUCAGCUCAAAGUCUGCCAUAUUUCCUAAUGUGCAUAGUAAUUUAGAACUAAUAUGCCUUUACGCAUUUUACUGAAUGCGAGAGCCAAACACGCGCUUUGUCACACUCUUUUUGGCAGCUUCGCCAAAUAAUAUUACAUUUCGGGUGAGUUGAUGAUAAGAAACCCUGCACUCUGAUCAAAAGGGUUCGUUUAGACUUUGGCUAGGGUCAUUGUGAUGUGUUCCAGAGCCAAGCCCCCAACCUCCACAAUUCCUCUCUCCACCCUGCAGUAUAACUGGGUAGCAAUGAAUGAAAAUGCCAGGUAACAUCCCAUUUAGGAGGAUUAGUGGUACCCCUAUUUCUGUUGUUGCUUGACAAGGUUGAAACUUGGAUAAGAUCAAGCUAAUUUCCUAGAACGGAAAAAAAACUUUGAACUUACCCUAAACACAGUUCAACCUAUUCAGUUUUUGGCAUGUAAACAUUAAUACCUCUUUCAGAUCGUCAUUCAGGGUUUGGCACAGCUGCGCCAUUGAUGUUAGACAUCGGGCCUGACCCUGUUAUGAAGAGGCUUGAGGACACAUCUAUUAGAAGUGACACUGACACUCCCAAAGUGCAGAAAGGAAGUGGAACAAAGUCCGUCAAAGUCCGUAAAGAAUUUCCAGAGACUUGGCUCUGGACUGAGGAAGCAGUCAAGUAAGACUUCACUAUCUGUCCUUGUGUUACUUGUGUCUAAGAACCCUUAGUGUUCUAAUCUGUAUUUUCUUCAAUAACUCAUCAGGGUUUUAGUGUACAUUUUUGUUUAAACAUGUCAAUGAAAUGUCAUAACAGGCUGAACACAGAGCUAAUUGGAGUGUUGUUUGCAUUUUGGUUAGGAACAGGUCUGUUUAUUAGGCUCUCAUUUUUACCUAAAAUGGACAGAAAUUGACCAAGGCCUCAGCAUUGUUAGUUUCUGCUGAUUACUGGCAAACUCGUUUUUCAAAUGAUAUUCUUUGAAAUCUGACAACGUCAGUUCCUUUUAGCACUAUUUCCUAUAUUUUAACACUAUUUCAUUUUUACCUAAAAUGGACAGAAAUUGACCAAGGCCUCAGCAUUGUUAGUUUCUGCUGAUUACUGGCAAACUCGUUUUUCAAAUGAUAUUCUUUGAAAUCUGACAACGUCAGUUCCUUUUAGCACUAUUUCCAAUUCGCUCACCAAAAUUUUAAUUCAAUUACCUGUUCGUGCUACCCAGUUUGCAUCUAAUAAUUUGAUUCCUAUAAGUUUAAAUUAGUUGUUAAUUACUGGGAGGGAACUUCUUGGUGUGGUAAAAGUGUGAAAGUGCUAGAAAGGAAGGGAUGGAAGUACAGGGUUACCUUGUAACUUGUUCGUUUUGGAUCGAGCCUGUGCGGAGAAAAAUAUUUUUGUAAGAUUUAUUCUCAGUUACUGGCUGGACGAAAGGAGGUGCAAAUAAAUGAAGUUUUGUACCCAGUGCCGGCUAUACAUAAGUACCAAACUAGUUCUUUAAAAGGACAGUAAAGUGCUUUUGUGAAGUUUCCGAAGAUCAUUUGGCUUUUCAAGAGAGAACAACGGAAUGAAUAACCGUGUGUCUACAAGAUUUUAGCAUUUGCCACACCAUAGCUCCUUUGAAGAGGAAGAUAUUUUUUCAUCGUGGAAGAAGUAUAUUUUUUCCAUCAAGGAGGGGGCACAUCAUCAAAGAUAGAGGACACCACCCCAUGAGUUCAUUGUACAUUCAUGGAAUCUUUUUUUAAAACUAUGUACAUACUUAACCUGCUCUUGAAGGGGAAAUAGACUCAGUGACCAAUCACGGAUGGUUUUUAGAGCAAAUGUCUUUAAGAUGUUUUCACGUUUGACAUACUAUUCAGUCCUAUGAGCCAUGAACAAUUAUAUAUAUACUUUUUAUGAGGAGUGAUGUACUUUGUACAGACUGAUAAUCAAGAGGCUACACAUGGUUGGAUAAGAGAAGAGAAAACGCUCCUUUAGGGGGAGAGGGAGAAAGGGGGGGGGAGAGAAGGAAAGAGAGGGAGAGAGAGACUGGCUUAUAAAGGUUAUAUCGUAUAAAUUGUUACAGUUUGUCAUCGUGGUCAACACACUUUCUGUUCCAAGUAUAAUCAUUUGUCUCACAAUGAAGUCACUUUGGAUGUGGAUUGUGCAUAUACAUCAGAAAGAGCACACAACACUGGUUUCGAACAAUUGACCCAAAUGGCGCUGCUAAAGGAGAGUGAACUUCCUUCAUGAAUUUGCUUAUUACUUGGUUGCUUUGUCAAGAGAGGCUAAUGUAAGACAUUACCAAUCAACCACAAGAUUUUUUGCUUUUGGCAGACCAUGGCUUCCUCUGUUGAUAAGACGAAUUUGUGUUUAAGAGGGGAAUGGCACAAUCGACACAGGUUAUCAAAGAAGGAGUACAUUAAAGAUAGAAGACACUUUUUCACAAGUUUAUGAUUUGAUCUUGGAUAUGUAUUAUUAUUAUUAUUAUUAUUAUUGUUAUUAUUAUAACAUUGUGCGCGCUCAAUUUGCCCCGUGAAAAGAAUUAUUUCUCUCAUCCAAGACUCCAACUUAAUUGAGUGGAAUUUAUGCAAGUUCAGAGUAUAUGUCUACAGGAUUAUUUUUUUUAACAUUUGUUGAACUCUUCUGUCCCAUGAGCUGGAAAGUAGUGAUCUCAAGUUUUGAUGAAGCGUACUGUCCUGUCCACCGUGUGAUAAUCAAGGAAAUUUCACUUGGUUAAGUAAGGGAAAAGGAGAGACUUUCAUUUAAGUCUAUUACUCAAUCAUGCAUUCUGCCACAACGAUGUUCUUAACCCAUUCUCUGUUAUCUUAUUGUCGCUGUCAUUAUUUCAUGAAUUCACUCUUCGUGUAAUGCAUUAAAAAAAUUUAUAUUGAGGGUGGUUUAUAGCAUAAAUUUAAUGCAAAAUUUUUGUCAACUCUAACUGGCAAAAUCAAGAAACUGAAAAGUAGCUUUUGUUAGAAAUAACAUAAUUUUGCGAUGUAAGCUAUGCAUUUUAACUCACUAUGGUAACAAACCAUUUGCUCUGUCGAAUUGCUAUUUUUGUGGCUUUGCAGAAUAAUGAUGUUAUUUGGGAAAGGUGGGGUGGUUUGGUGACAAACUAGCGGAACUCCAACUGAAAGGACUGGUUCAAAGUGUGUUAAAGAUCAUAUGACUAUGCUGAGAAAGUAACCUUAUUCUCGGAAUAGCUUUGUCCUCCCUGGAGUGUAAAUGGAUAGCAAUGAACUAUUUGGUAAACCUUAAGGGAUGCUACCUGAGUGCAUCACUUAGUUGGUAUGGUGUAUGAAGAAUAAGAUAACAUGUUCAUAUUUUAGGGCGCCAUCAUCUUCGAACAAUAGCUCGAAGAAGGGGGUCAUUUGGUCUAUGGUUGAACUUUCAUCAGUCAGUCAGGCCGACAACAUACCACAGAAACAAACCAAAGAAACAACCAAAUAUUGAGAAAAAGGAAAGAAAAGAUGAAAGAACAGGAAAGCUUGUUCGUAAGAACUUUCCUGAGACAUGGCUCUGGACGGAGGAAGUAAUCAAGUAAGAUAGGAAUAACGUAGCUUAGAAAUCUUUGGUGGAGAUUCAUUUUGACAUUUUCCAGGACUGCGCUGGAAAAAGACUACAAGUCUUGGAAAGUCCGGAAUUCUGCCUAACUUAAGCAAUAAAGUUUUCAGAAUUUACGUUAUAAAAAUGUGUGCAGAUGGUUAGGAGAAUUUAUUUUGAUAUGUUGGUAGUGAAAGGGUUUAAGGUGAACUUUGGAGACCUGGAAAAAUCAAUCUGAGUCCUGGAAAAAUCCUGAAAAAGUCCUGAAAUUUGUUUCGGAAAAAGGGAACGAAGCCUGGAAACAAGUUUCAUUUACAGCAUUUAAAGCACUGCAUGCAUGUAAGGUCGUCCAGGUAGAUUUUUUUUUGUGUCAAAAUCAUCGUCUUUCAGGUUUUUUGACAACCAGGUAGUUGCACGGUGCACGUUUGUUAGUCAAACAAAGGCCAAGGGUUACUCCGUGAUAGUAACAAACUCUAGAAAAUCUUUACAAAUUUCUUAAUGUUCCUAUUGCUCUUUGUUUGAAGUAAUGUGGAAGGAAACAAUGAAAAACAUGAGUACUGGUAAAAUUCUUUUUAAUGUGUAUUUUAAGUUGUAGUAGUAAAAGAAGCGUGAAAUUGUGCUAUUAUUGUAACGAUAUAAUUUUAUUUGUGCAAGAAGUUAUAUACUUCUGGUAAUGUAUGAGUUAUGGAUCAGUUCAGUGUUCCAUAGCUGCGAUCUUAAUGAUGUGACCCGUCCUGCUUUAAGAAGUAAAAUGUUCGUUUUUGAUCAUGUGAUGUGACUGGUUGAGUGUGAGUAAUUUUGAAAGGAACUGUCGUUGUUGACUGUCAGUAGCAUCUCGACAACCCGAGUGGAAGUCAACAUUAUACUCAAGGGAAGAGUUGCUAGUCAGUUGAAUUUAACAAUUCUGGUCGGUGGAGACUGAUAGGUCAAUUUCACCAUAAUGGCAUAAGCCUGAAAACAGGCACUUUUUUGACAUAUUUAGGGAGAUCAAGAUGAGGGAAAAGGUCAAGCCAUAACUCCUGAUUUGCAUCUGCCGAGCACUCACCUCGGCUUGCCUGAUUAGGUUAAAACUGAAGGCCUGUUUUGCAGGCUAUGAUCAUUUUAGGCGGAAGGCGUAAGACUUGAUAUUAAAUCUCACUUGCUUACUGAGUGACUAAACUAUUGGUUACUGUUGAAAAUUGCGUGUCUUUGAAUGAAUGCAAUUUGUGUCAUUGCUUGCUAACAUAAUUUUAGAAACAAUUAAAAGACAGCAAUUUCCUGAAUUGGAAUUGGACAGUGAAGAGUUGCCCUGUGGUGUAUUACAGGGGACCUAUAAAUUUUCUGGAGCAGUUACCCAGAAAGUUGAUGUUAUUGUAUUUAUCUGUAUACAUAUAUUACAUAUUGUAUUUUUUAUUUAUUUCUUUCGUAGAACGAGAGGGGUAACCAUAACAAAAUUUGAAACAGCUAUCUCGCUAAAACAAACAAAACACCAGCAUCUCUGUAACGUGAGGAGGACUUUGAUUGAAGAAACAGUAAAGUGUAAAGUCAUGACAAUUACUGUUUUUUUUUUUUAUUAUUUUUUAAUUGAACAGCCCUGAUACUGGAAAGAAAGUUAUCAUGGCCAAGGUACCUGACACAAUUACUACCUGGGUAGCAAGUGCUUUCGCUAUGUCUGAUUCAGCUGGACUUGGUAUUUCACAGCCCACCUCGAUCAAGGUUUUCCAGCCUUUCUUUGUUUCCAUAACCCUGCCUUACUCUGUUAUCCGUGGCGAGGAAGUGUUCAUUAUAGCAACAGUCUUCAACUAUGAGAGCAAGUGUCUUACGGUAAGUGCGACCAACUGCAGGAAUAACUAUGGUUCUUAAUUUCUUUGAUUUCUGAUAGAAUGUGUUGAAUCAAAAUGGGACGUAUCCCUGCUUGAAUUACGAAAUCCCCAACUUAGAAGUGUAUACAGAUUAUGUUGUUAUGUAUUUGCCGAUCCGCAUGCAUUUGUGCAGCAAAUUAUGGACAAUUGAGGAUGCAAAAAAUUUUUUGAUACUCACCUGAGGUUUUGUUUCAAUAAAUUACUCAGAAUUGAAGACACAUUCUCACAUCAUCCAUACUUUUUUGACCUUUUUAUACAUAAUUCACAUUCCCAUUUGAGAGUGAACAAGACGCUUGGUUGCCCCAUUUUGAGUCAUAACAUUCAAUUGGAACUUAUUUGGGUACUGUGGGAUAAAUUCUUUAUUUAGCACGUUAACCGUUUGAAUCCUGAAAGUGACCAGCUUCUAAUUUCUCCCCACAGUAAUAUUCACUACUCAGUCUGAAUAUUUACAGUAAUACUUCGGAAUCAUGCAUUAUUAGAGAUCAUGAGAAUAAAGGAAAUGAUCAUCAAUCUAAGAAGCUUUGAUUGUUAAAACGAAUUCUCCUUGACAGUGUCAGAGGAAAUAGAGAAGAGCAUGGAAAAGAUAGAUACUGAAGGGUUGACAAACUUUACUCUUUACUCUCAUGGAAUAGUGUCAAUUAUAACAGCAAUUUGCACUCUAAGGAAAACGUAAUAGACAUUUUUAACAAAUAAAGAAACACAUUUUAGCCCUUUUGUCGGAACGAGAUUUUUUUAACAUCCUUGCUAAACAUGUCUCUCUCUGUCUUCUUCUGUUGUAGAUUCGCCUGACUCUCGAAGAGUCUCUUUACUACAGGAUAGUGUCCAAUAAGUCUCGCUCUGUCUGUGUAUGCAGCAAUGAAGCCAUCUCUGUUCGCUUCAACAUAGUUCCAAAGAAAUUGGGUGAAAUCCCUCUGACUGUUGUGGCUAAAGAUAUUAAUUCAUCAAUGUGUGAUGAAGGAGUAGAACAGUUUGCUCUUGGUGUCACUGAUGCUGUCACAAGGAAAUUACUUGUUGAGGUGCAAUUAGUGAUUUUUUUUUACCCUAUUAUUACACUGUGUUCAUGAACUACACUGAAGUUGCGGUUAUCAAAUGAAAAUCGAGGUGGUGUUCAGGUGAAUCUUUUCUAACUCGAGGUGCUGGUUUAAGUAACAAUAUCACCUUGCCUGCUCUUAAGGUGAUCGGCACACUGUCGUGGUCUCUAAUUUCUGGCUAUAUUAUGGAAUUUUCUUUAGUAUUCACAUUUUAAGACCAGUGAUUACCACCGUUUUAUUCGGUGCUGUGGAGAACUUUAGGUUUUGUGAAAGGUCGUCUUUAUUGUAGUUUCUCACUCCUACAUUUGUACUUUUCUUGAUCAUUUAGCCUGAAGGAAUCCGACAGGAGUACACGUACAACAGCUUUGUAUGCCUCAAAGGUAUGAAGGGCUUUCUCUUUUUACCUUCAGUUCCUAUCGAGAUUUCAAUUUAUCAAGCUGAUGAACUUUAGACUGCUUUUCGAUUGAAUGUCGUAAAAUCAAAAGCGAAGUAAUCACAGCAGCUAAUCAGAAGAAAGGAAAAUACCUUUCAGAGCCAAUGAGAAUUCAAAGUAAAAACAACCAAACUGCCUAAAGCGCGGGAAAACCCGCACGAGCGACUAAGUCGCGGUUGGUUUUGGUAUUGCGUCUGAUUGGUUUAGAGAAUGGUGCGAGUUUUUUGACCAAUAACAUAGCGAAGUCGAGCAAAACAAAAGCAAUCGCAGAUUACUUUCGACACUCAAUUGAAAAUGCUCUUCGUGCAAUUAGUUUCAAAUUUCUUUUCUUUUCUUUUCUUGCAUAUUAAAAGACCCAACUAGUUACAUAACUACCCACAGGUUAUCGUGGCCGUGAAUAAGGCGUGGCUGUGUGUCAAAGGAGCACUGCUAGAAGACGAAAAAAUGAAUGAGAAAUUGCCUUAACUUCAUCUUUGUUGUGUCUGUAGGAGAGUUUUAACAAAGUGUGUAUAUUCAGGAAUAACGUAUCAUGGUUUAUUCUUGUAAAUUUCAGUCAAUGAUUCACAGUUUAACGAUUCCAUGGAAAUCUCUCUGCCCAAGAAUUAUGUUCCAGGUUCUGUUUAUGCAGUUGUGUCAACAGUUGGUAAGUAGUGGGCUAACGCCCUGUAUCUAAUUAGUUUGAGGUGCUAAUGGUUGCUGGUGUGAAUUUUCUUUAUUUCCCUCUGUAAGUUUUAUUCUACUAAGUUAGAACAGGAAUUUGUUUUUUUCACCAUCUGUCUUGAUGCAAGUCUAAUGUUUGAUCAUCUCAUGAUUUGUCUAUGGUUAAGGUGAUCUUAUGGGACCAACCUUGAAUGUAGCAGGCCUGUUGAGGCUUCCUUAUGGAUGUGGUGAACAAAACAUGGUUAACUUUGCUCCUAGCAUUUACAUCAUGCAAUACCUGGCAGCUGUCGGGCAGAUGACAACCUCUGUGGAAAACAAAGCCAAGAACAUCAUGACAACAGGUAGUCAAAGUGACACUAUGGUGAACUUGUGGAUAAACUAUGCAGGAUAUAAUUAGAAUAUACUAUAAGUGUAGUAAAAGCCAAGGAUCCUGUGACUUCAAGUAACAGAAUUGAGCCGUCAUUCCUUCAAAAAUCCUCCCCAAUUGAUCUGCCAUAUUUAACAAUUAAUCCGGCAACUUUAAUAAGAUAGGUGUUCUCUCCAGACACCUAAAGCCGCGUUAACACCACGAAAUUUGCCCAUCGAACUCCCAUAUUACUCGUUCCUGGUUCACAUAUCCACGAGUUAAAACGGAAUUCUUUUUAGUUAUAUUUGUUGAAACAUAACAAUCUCUGUAUUUUCCAUGUAACGAAGGGUAACCCCAAAGUUACUCAAAGAUUCAAAGAUUUCCUGUAUGGUAUUUUAAACCGUUUGACCUCUAAGAUAAGAAAAUAACGAUAAAAUAGUCAUUUACACAGCGCUGUAUGCAAAGGCUCUGAAGUACUCUACACUAAAAGCAAAGCAUAAAGUUGAGUGGAAACUAAGAGUGACUAACAUCUAAUUUCUCAUUACAAUAUCCCACUGGAUCACAAAUAAAGAAGCUCUUCGUCGCUUACCAAAUUCUCCUUGCCAGCAGCUUAGGAAAUGUCUAGAGUACAGUACGGAGAAUAUACACAUUGAUAUUGGGGUGUAAAAGGCUAGUGAGCCAUUACGUUUGCGCUGGUGUUAAGUAGAGGUUCAGCAUGUUCUUGCCGUCUGUGUUAGGUUACCAGAGGGAGUUGACCUAUAAACGAACUGAUGGAUCCUACAGCGCUUUUGGAAACCGAGAUAAUGAAGGCAACAUGUGGUACGUAUCGGUGCUUUGAACCAGUUCUGUAUUUUUUUUUUAUGUUUUUUUUUUUUGGCAGGGUCUCCUUGUUUUCCCAACUAAAAUUGCAAGAGGGGUGUUCGUUAUAUUUAUCAAGAUACCUUUAGAUUUUUGCAGAGGUUGUUCUCUUUAAAAGGAGAAGCUUACAUUACGCGCUAGCUUUUUUAAACAGUCUUUGAUCGUGUUGUCUGAUCGUCUGGAUGCGGGUGGUCCUAAAAAAGGAGUGUUUUUCGUUACACAGGGUGAUUUCCGUCCCGAAAACCUGAGCACAUGUCAUCAUCAGACUUCAUAGGGAAACUUUUCUACCUCUUUAAAUUAUUUAAGUCGGUAACUUUCAGACUAUGGAGGGCUUUUUUUUGGAUCAAUAUCAGUAUCUGGGCAACUGCCCACCUAUCCCUCCCCUAACCCAACAUUAACCCUAACUUGUUAUCAAUUGACUGUUGUUGAGUUAGGGGUAGGUGGGCAGUAGCCCAGAUACUGAUAUUGAUCCUUUUUUUUUUUUGAUGCAGUUAAAGUACAUAACCUUUUGAACCCUAAGUGGGACUAGAUUCUAAUUUCUCCCUUCAAUAUCAUCCCUUUAUAAAACAUUAACGUCAUAAGAAUAAAGGGAACGAUCUUCAACUAAGAAACUCUUGAUUGUUAAACAAAUUCUGCUUGUCAGCGCCUCAGGAAAUGUAUAGAGAACAGUAUGGAGAAUAUACAUACUGACGUUAAGAUGAUUGGUAUAUUUUUACCAUUUGAUAUUAAUAUUUGGAUUACUCAUCUGUCGCCAUUCAUGUUUGUUUGUGUUCCUGUAGGUUAACAGCCUUUGUACUGCGCUCCUUUGCCCAGGCACAAACGUUUAUCUUUGUCGAUUCAGACGAGCUUAAACAGACCGCGAACUGGAUAACCAGCAAGCAACUUGCAAAUGGAUGCUUCCCCAAGUAUGGGAGACUCUUCAACAAGCGCCUUAAGGUAAACAACGACUAAACCACAACAACAACUCGAUAAGCAGAAGGGUCAUCUUGCUAAUCCAGAAAAAAGUUCGAAAGUUAAAAAACGUAACUGGUCAGGGUAAUAAACAGAAAUGCAAUCGUGAUAUCGUUCUUAUUCCAUAACUUUAAUGGCGAUUCUCUUCCAAGGGGAGAAAUGUUGAUGCCCCGAUGUAAAAUUUUUAUUUGUUUGUUUAUUUAUUUAUUAGGGAGGUGUAUCAACAGAAGCUACUCUCACCGCAUUUGUGACAGUUUCUCUCAUGGAAUCUGGGAUAUCACCUCAGGUUGGUUAUGAUCCUUUUUUAACCCUUUAAACCCGUAGGAGUGACCAGCAGCUAAUUUCUCCCAACAGUGUCACACCUGAAUCAAACAUGAAGUUCAUUAGAAUGAAGGAAAUGAUCAGGAGGUUACGAAAAUCUUAAUUCUUAAGCAAAUUCUUCUUGUAAAAAUCAUAGGAAACGUAUAGAAAACGGUGUGGAGAACUUGCAAACUGAUAUAAGGGUGUAAAAGGUUAAGCGUUUUAGUAUUACUGUAUUCUUUGUCAACAAGUCAAGCUUACUAAUACAUCAGAUUCGUUUUGUUCUUAAUUAUGUACCAUAUGCUCCACGGUAGAUUUGAAGCUAACAUUGGUUUCUUGAGUAUGGAAACAUGUUUGCAGCCUGACAGUGGAGGUUCUUUUUUAACUUGACGUUUACUUGCUGCCUGAUGUUUUUCCUCUUAACUGAAGAGAAGUACCUUUUGGACAUACAAAGCGCUUAGGUCCGAAAUGCGUCCAAAAGCAAGGUGUACAAAGUAGAAUGAAUAACAAACCAGGAUUGUGGUAUAUUUAUUUACAUUUAUCACUCAACUUUUUUUUACAGGACUUUGUCAUUCAAAAGGCGCUGAAUUGUUUAAGAGGUUUCAUUUCAAACGUGACUGAUUCAUACAGCUUGGCUUUGUUCAGUUACACCUUCAACUUGGCGAAGGAUAAAUAUGGUGCAGAUUUAUUUGGAGCACUGCGAAGCAAAGCCAUCGUAGAAGGUCAGUUCCAGCUAGUUCAGGUCCUGUACAUGUUUGAGCAAUUUUCAAUUGAGUUUCACGUACUCCGGUAUUAUUUUGGUUUUACUAACUUUGCUCUGUGAUUGGUCCGGGAAACUCCCCGCUCAUCCUCUCAACCAAUCAGGCGCAAAAGUGAAAACAAUCGCUGCUUGUUCAUUAACAUUCAUUCGCUUCAUGUAGUUUGCCUAUUUUCACUUUGAGUUCACACUGGCUAAUGGUGAUGAUGUAUACCUUCGUUCUGAUUGGUCGAUAUGAUUAAUUUGGUUUUUGAACAUUUAAUUAGUGAUAUAUUGAUAAUUUGUCUUGGAUCGUACUUGCAGUUAUUUUGUCACUUACUAUGGAGGCAAUUUUUGAUGAAUAAAUUUUUAUGGAGACUUUUCCCAUUUUGUAAACCGUUUGCUCCCUUUCUUCGCUAAACAGUUUUCCUCCUUUACCAGGAAUCUGGGGCCAUUUCUGUUUUUACUUAUCAACGUUUUAUGAUAAGUCUAAUAACUCACGCCACCCUGUUAACAUAUCAGUAAACCAAUCGCGACUUGGAUAUCUGUGUUUGCACGCGGUUAAGUAUUUACUUCGAAUUCGUUUAGGCUUCUUAUGAUGUCGGUCGAUGCUUUUAUGACAAGCUGAAUAGUAAACGCAUUUUGAAUGGCUCUUACUCAUGAUAUAUUGGAGAACAGACGCAUGUAUGACGUCAAAAUUAACAAAUUUUUGCUUUUUUAACAUAUGAAACAAAUAGAUUCCGUGUUGCAGCGGAACUUAUUCAGCAACAGAUCACAACAGAUGUCAAAAUUGAUUAGAACAUUAAUCACAUACUCGGCUGCGCCUGGUGCUCUUACAACAUUUGAUGUCAUCUGUGAUCUUUACUGUACAAACGCACGACAACGUGGAAUCUAGUUGCGAUAUAUUUGCUUCCUUCCACUUCUCACGACGCUCACACUGGUGCACUGUAGUUAAAGCAGCGUCUGCUGUAGCUUACUAAUAUAUUUUUCAAAACAGACGGAAUGACUCACUGGGAAAAGGAGAAGUUGAAGAAAACCCCUCCUACAGACGAUUUUUGGUGGAGUCCGUAUUACCGUGCUCCUGCUGCGGACAUCGAGAUGACCGCAUAUGCCCUGAUGACUUACAUCCUUCGAGCUGAAGAUGACUUAUCUCUAAUUGGCGACGCCAUGUCGAUUGUUAGAUGGCUCUCUAAACAAAGGAAUGCUCUGGGAGGAUUUUCAUCCACACAGGUUAUAGGCAAUUCUAUGAAUUAUAACCAAGCCUCUUCAUGGAAGCGAGGAUAAACAGGGGAAGUAAACGCUAUAGGUCAAAGAAAGGUGUCGGUGGUUUGUCUUCUAUGACAAUAACCUUGAAAGUCUUUUUGGAUUAAAAAGGGAGAAGUUUAAGAUGUGAAUACAGCGAAACCUGGGGAAACGUUGCCCCCCAAAAAACCGCUUUCUUUCAUCCUAAGAAUUUCGCCAGUUUUUUAUAUUUACGAUUCCUGAGUGUGUAACAUCUUCGGCAUAUCAUUUGAAUGUAGUUCUGGGUUUAAAUUGAUAACGUGACUGGAAUGCUGUCGAGAUUUCCGUUUUAAGAGCACGCAAAAGUUUGUGAUUUCAUGCUGUUGUUCUGUAAGAACCGAACUACGUAUGUACAAAGUUCUUAAAGGCACAUGCUGCGCUAUUCUUCUGCUCAUCCGAUAUUUUGUUUCGUUCUCGUUGCUGUCGCUGUCGUAGUCUUCUCUAAGUCCCUAUUCCCAUGAAAAAGGCGAUGUUUGAAAAGAAUGAACUCGGUAGUAACGUUGUUUUCAUGUUUGUCAGGAUACAUGUGUAGCCCUACAAGCCCUUAGCGAGUAUGCAAGGGAGACGUUUACAAACUCCUCAGACCUCACUGUUCAGUUUGGAGGAGAGAACGAGCAGUUUAGCCACACAUUCCGCAUCACAGACAACAACAGGCUGGUGACACAAAAGGCUGCGGUAAGUCAUUCUUCGCCCUUCGGUUCUUCAACAUUUUGGUGGGCUGAACCUCUUCAGUCUCACGAUGUUAACUUUGUAUGAAAUCUUGUGAAAAUUUUGAGCUAUUCAGCGGAAUGGUCUUUUCACUGUUCGAUUUAGAAUUGUUUUUAUUUUUUGCGCGAAGAAAAAUAAUAUUGUUAUCCCUUAGGUUCCAUCAAGUAUUCUUCCCCUGAAGAGCAUGCUCGUGAAGGCUGACGGACAGGGCUGUGCUUUAAUGCAGGUUGGUGUGAUAAGCUGUUUCAUCAGACCUUUUAAUCCAGUGUGAAUGAAGUUCUUUUAUAUGACUGAGUCCAUAUAUAAGUAAAGCUGAGAGGGAGCAGGUAUGAUGCAGUGGAGCGAGCUCUUGGUGUCAACCACUGUGGCCUGGGUUCGAUUCUCGAAUUCCGUCACCUGUGGGGUGAUUUGUUUAGGGUUCACGUCCUUGUUUCGAGGGAUUUCUCCGAGUCCGCCGCUCUUUCUUUUGUUCGUAAAAACCAAUGUUCCAAUUCCACCUCUAAAUAUGUAUAAAUAAUUUUCACCUUACAAGUCGUUAAAUUGUUGUUAUCAUUGUGAUAAGUAUUUUAACGGCACAGUUAUCGUGGUUGCUAUCGUUGUCAUUACUGUUAUUAUUAUUAUUAUUAUUAUUAUUAUCAUUAUUAUUAUUACUAUCAUUAUCUUUAUCAUUACCAUCACUCUGAUCAUUAUUAUCUCUAUUUUUAUCGUUAUUCUUAUGAAUCAAAUUCUCAAAAAAAAAAUAAAUCCCUCAAACUCUCUUAUGUCUUGGCCUAGUUUUCAAGCUGGUAACUGAUAGGCAUUAAAUCCAUCAAGUAAGAAUUUUUGCAGAAAUAUAUCAAAAUCUAUAGGUAGACAUUACAACUGAUGUUGUUGAUAUCUGUUUAGGCGGACGUGUCGUACAACAUCCCAGAUGUGAAGGAGAAACCAGCAUUUGAUCUUAAAGUCACCUUGUCACCAUCGGAUGAUAUAUUCGCUCCACUGUCAACAGAAACCGGUGAUCCUCUGUGUUUGCCUUUGGAUUUUUCGAUCAGUGCCAAGUAAGAGUCGAGACCAAAUCUUUAGCCUUUUGGCAAGCUUUCAUCGGCGUUGCCGUACGGGCGUUUCUCGCAGUGCCAGUUAUAGUCUGCUUGAAGGCUAAGCAGUUUUCGGUUUAGUUUCGAAACUAAUCCGAGAUUGCAUUAGUUUUGCUUUGCACUGCAGACAUUGAUUGGUAAAGAGGAAUUUGCACCAUUCAACCAAUCAAAGACAAAACUGAAGCAAAUCUGGAACUAGAUCCCCGCAUUCUGUGGUCACUUUAUUCUUUACUCUGUCGACUAAAUCGAGAGCGUUCUACGGCACUGAGUUAUUAUUUCUUAGAGAAUUAAAAUAUUUACUCAAUGACCCAAAGUUUUAAUUAUAUACAUAGCUUUCAUAAACAUAAAACGCAAAUUCAGUGUAACAUUUUAUCAAAUUUAUUGCUUCUCCGUGAUGUAAAUUCAAUUUUCAGACAUUCUGAAUCACUUCUCAAGACUAUUAGGAACCAACAAUUAGAGGAGCUAAGCUAACAUUGCAAAAAGUGUGCGCCUCAGGUUGAAUGAAAAUACAUAACUCACCUCUAUUUAGGGUCACCUCUAUUGAAAGAACAUAAUUGAGACUUAUCUAUUCAAGGGAUACAAAAUAUGGUCCCAACUGAUGAACUGUUCCCAUAACCAUUUGUAUGUGUUGCUUCUCUCAAAGGGGACUCUUUUUAUGGUUCUAAGGGGACCCUUUGAAUUAUGGUUCUACCAUCCCUGGUUCAUAUCUGCCACCCGUCUCACCUACUAUAAGGAUCAACAAGUUAGAAAGCAUCCUCAGUUAGCACAGAUAAGUCAGUAAUUUUUGAGUUAAGGCAAGAUUGUGAUGGUGUUCAAGGCAUUGUUUAUUGUUUGGUUAAGGUGGCUGAGAGAAGAUACAUCCAACAUGGCGGUCAUUGAUGUCAAACUAGUAUCCGGUUAUCAGGUUGAUGAAGAAAGCUUAGACAGAGUAAGUUUACACUUUCUAACUAAUGUGGAAUUUUAGUCUCUCCAGUGGCGUGAUUUCUUGUUUCUAGGUAAAGAAAGCAAGCGCCUGAAGCGAGCGCGUAAGAACGAGCGCAUAGAGCGUGAGCUUCCUUACUUGCUCGUGAUCCAAAAGAUGAUUCAAGAGACAUAAUCAACCACUGAUUGAGAAGUUAAAUUUUAUGGAAAGAAAUUCACACCGAGUAGUUUAAGCCUUUAGUUGUGACGAUCUGACUUUUAGUUCCCUCUUUUAGCUUCCAGCUUUUGCUUUUUUUUGUAUUUUUUUUGUAGUAAAGUUGAAUGAAUUUGAUGUUAUAUCGAGGCAGCAUUUUUUGGCUGGUAGGUUGGUCUAUUCUCGUCGCGAAUAAUCAUGCUAAUCGCAUGACGAGGCUAGGAACUUUAUCCUAAUUGCAUUACAGCCUAAUUGUGCUGUGUUCCUACGCUAUAAGUAGGUACUUGCGAGAUUUAGCAUGAAAAUUGCUGGCUUUUGUUAUGUUUGUUUCCCAUAUAAUUUUAGCUCACGAACCAACCCAAGCUUGGCCUGAAGCGAUACGAGAUGGAAGGUCAACACGUGAUCAUGUACUUUGACGAGGUAUGUGAAAUUGAUACGUAUCAGCAAAGUGAUCUUAAGAAAUAAAACUCUUUUAGCCAGUCUGCGUAGCUUUGAAUCUCUUAUGACCUCACUUUAGUAUCUGUGGAUAGGCAUUUUGAAUGGUUUUGUUGCUAAUGGCCGUCGAGAAGCUGGUGUGAACGCUUUUGAAAGACAACGCCAACGAAUUAAUGAACCAUUUGUAAUGAAAACAAAGAAAUAAAGAUUGCUUUUCUUGACUUCAGCGGACAAUAUAUGCGGACGAUAUAGUUCUUCUGUAGGCCCUCUCCUCUCGAAUGGGUUUUAGUUACACGCAGGAUUUAUGAGGUGUUUGUGUCUACUAUACAUCGACUUAAGCACCAGAAAAAGUUGAUCAAAACGGCGCUUUUCGAAGAUGGUUUCUAAAGGAUUGUCCUUUGAAAACGCUCCUCUUUUAACUCCUCACAUCCUAACAUCAGUAUGCACAUUCUCCCUACGGUUCUUUUUACAUUUCCUAUGUAACUGACAAGGAGAAUUUGUUAAACAAUAAAGAGUUCUUUAAGUUGGUGGUCAUUUCCUGUAUUCUGAUAACUUUAAUGUUUUUAUUUAUUGGUGAUAAUAUCCAGAGAAAUUAGAUGCUAGUCACCCUUAGGGUUUUAAAGGGUUAGGUGUGGAAAGAAGACCACAACGGCUUCGAAAAACAACGAAGAAAAUAACCUAUCCUUGUAAACUUAAACCGGUCGGAAUUUGUUUUAGAGAGAAUUCGUCAGUCAAGCUCAAUAGGAUUUAAGCGUUACUAACGUUGUUUCGUUUGGUUUAGAUUGACAAAGUUAAUUUCUCGUUCAAAAUCUUCCAAUCGUCUGUGGUGAAGAAUACCAAACCAGCUUCCGUCACAGUAUAUGACUACUACGAGACCGGUGAGUGAUCGGCUUUAGUUAUCCAUGCUUGAAACACACAAGGGGCAGGGUCACAACUCUAAAAUUGAUUUGGUUUAAAAAGUGUUGUUCAGUUCAGACUCUAAAAGUUUAGCUUCUGAAGUCAGUGGUAGGCCUUAUAGUAUUUCUCAAACAAAACAUGAUAGUUUGUAUGGACUAGAGGGACGUCUGUGUCUUCUAGAAUUGAAAUUUCACUAGAUUUACUUAUAUACGAUAGAGUAUUAUGUACAGUAGAUUGUAGAGCCCAGGAGUAAGAGUUCAUCUUAAAGUGUGGUCAUCCAUUUGAAGAAAGGUCUACUGCACGAACUCCUUUCAACGAUUGCUUUUAGAAAGCUACUUAAUUAAUUCAGAACGGACGUUUCACGAAAGAUUUUUCUGCAACUACCAGCACCUCAAAAAAAACUUUCUCACUACUCUCACAUAACCAGAGGUGCCAGAACGACGUCACCUUACCGACAGAUCGAACUGACCAACCCACAGUGAUUGGUUUAAGUAUCAUAGCGCACUGACCAAUUCGUUUUCAAGAACCACACUUUUAAAGUUCUAGGAAUGAGCAACUCGUCACUAGACUCUGAUGAGAACUUCCAACCAGCCUAUCGAAACGACAGUCAUAUUUAGUAAGGGUUUAUUUGGAACCAGCAUAAUGACCAGCUCCCACUUGUCAUGUUAGCUCAGUUGGUAGAGCGCUACACUGAUAUUGUAGAGGUCAUGGGUUUAAAUCCCGUUCAGGCCUGAAUACUUUUUCAGGCCUCAUUUUCACUACUACUUAAGUAUUGUUCAUUACCGCGAAGAUCGCUUUCAUGUUCACUUUUUCCUAUAUACAGUCAUUUAAUUCAGUUCAGCUGGCCACUUUCAGUCCUGAUUCUCUUUUCUCUUACAGAUCUUUCCGCUACAGUGAUGUAUAAGAUCACAAAGGACAUGUGUGGGUUGAAUCCUGUCGGUGAGUGGUAGUGGUCAGAUGACCAUGUGUUAAUAUUCUUUGUAGUAUCCAUCAGCGAGAAUUACAAUUGAAUUGCCACACCAAAUUUUAACUAACAUCGUAAAUUGUUUUAACAUCAAAGUAUCAGCUGUUCUUUUAGGCUGUUCAAUUUGUGUAGAUACUAGAGAAAUUUCUCUGGCAAUUUGGUGUUAAUAAGCACGAGUAAAUUUUUCAAAGACAACAAAAUUGCACGAGCCCGUAGGGCAAGUGCAAUUUGUAGUCUCUAAAAAAUGUACAAGUGCUUAGCGCACCAAAUUACAGGAGAAAUCAUGUUAUAACUUGUUAAUAAUGUACAUUAAAAAACAUCACAGAAAGUCAAGACAGACGAAAUUGUCGAAAUUUCGAAAGCGUGUGCGCGCUAUUUGUAAUUUGGUCUUGUGUUACAAUUUUGCACUCCUGUUACAUGAGAAUGCACUCGUUUUCAGCCAAUCAGAAGCACGUAAUUUUUUUUUCAUGUACAUUGUUAACAUGGUACCUUGAAACACACCUAAAACACCCCUACUAAUGUUAGAAACGAAGAUUAAUUCAGUAGCUGUCUAAGUUAAGUCGUCUUACUUCAACCCUAUUUCAAUCAAAGAGCUCUUCAUGGGCCAUAUUCGAUUGAAAUUUGGACCCACCCAAAUCAACAAUUGUACCCCGGCUGGUUCAUAAUUCAAACUUGAUCAGACGUUCCAUAGCCAAUCACGAUACAGUUCCAGGAUGUUUAGUGUUUUCACCUGAAGAACUUAAUAUUCACCCCAGGACUAGAACUUAAAGUAUGGUAUCUUUUAUCUGUAUUUCUGUAGAACAACCUUGAACUCAAAUGAUGUGGACUUGAAGUGCUUGUAGACCGGUUGUGGACUUAUUAAGAUUUAUUUGACGAUGAUUUGUACUAGAAGUAUUCUCCUAUUCACGUUAACAAAUUAUUCUUAAAAAAGGUAACCAGAAAUCGGUAUAACUUUAACCAAAUUAUACCGAUUACUUAAAUCAGAGAUUAUAUUUUAUCAUCUACAAUGUUAAAGUUUUCCUUAAAGUAUCACAAGUUUUUUUAAUGAUUUGAUAGAAAAACAUGAGCGUCAGAAAAAGUGUAUUUGGUGAAGCUGAAUAAAAUUUUUGGCCUUGGU